GGGGCAUUGUGUCGGGAGCGCGGAGCUGCAUUUGUCUGCUCUAGGUGCUGGUCGAGCUAGCGUCGUGAUCGCCGGCGUAGAGCUGGAAGUGUCAGCGGCGAUCACUGUCCCGGCGGGAGACCAAGUCCGAGCAACCACGCGCCCACUGGCCGCUAUCGCUGGCAGGGGGCGGCGUGCCAGCGGAGCAACAUGCAGAUAGGCGCCCAGCGCCCUGACGACCCCUCCCGAGGAAAGGAGGCCGGGGCGGCGCUGGGGCGGCGGGGAGCAUGAGGCAGGCCGGGGGGCGGCUCGGCUCGGAGCGCUGCUAGGGAGCGGCGCGCGCUGCACACUCGCCGGGGCGCAGCGGAGGGCGGGGAACCGGGCUGGUCGCGCCAGCGGGCGGGAGCCGGCCGCCGGGAGCUGUUCUGAUUUCCGACGCGGACGCAGGGGGCCCGGAGCAGCCCCCUGCCCCGGCGUGCAGCCAACAUGGGCAACGCCGGGAGCAUGGAUUCACAGCAGACCGAUUUCAGGGCGCACAACGUGCCUUUGAAGCUACCGAUGCCCGAGCCAGGUGAACUGGAGGAGCGAUUUGCCAUCGUGCUGAAUGCUAUGAACCUACCCCCUGACAAAGCCAGGUUGCUGCGGCAGUAUGACAACGAGAAAAAGUGGGAACUGAUCUGUGAUCAGGAACGAUUCCAGGUGAAGAACCCUCCCCAUACUUAUAUUCAAAAGCUCAAAGGCUAUCUGGAUCCAGCAGUAACCAGGAAGAAAUUCAGACGGCGUGUUCAAGAAUCCACGCAAGUGCUAAGAGAACUGGAAAUUUCUUUAAGGACCAACCAUAUUGGAUGGGUCAGAGAGUUUCUGAAUGAAGAAAACAAAGGUCUCGAUGUUCUGGUAGAAUAUCUAUCAUUUGCACAGUAUGCAGUAACUUUUGACUUUGAAAGUGUGGAGAGCACUAUGGAGAGCUCGGUGGACAAAUCAAAGCCCUGGAGUCGGUCCAUUGAGGACCUGCACAGAGGAAGCAACCUGCCUUCCCCCGUGGGUAACAGUGUGUCCCGCUCGGGAAGACAUUCUGCCCUGCGAUACAAUACUUUGCCAAGCAGAAGAACCCUGAAAAAUUCAAGAUUAGUGAGUAAGAAAGAUGACGUGCAUGUCUGUAUCAUGUGUUUACGUGCCAUCAUGAAUUAUCAGUAUGGUUUCAACAUGGUCAUGUCUCACCCACAUGCUGUCAACGAGAUUGCACUAAGCUUGAACAACAAGAAUCCAAGAACAAAAGCCCUUGUCUUAGAGCUGUUGGCAGCCGUUUGUCUUGUCAGAGGCGGGCAUGAAAUCAUUUUAUCAGCAUUUGACAACUUUAAGGAGGUUUGUGGAGAAAAACAACGCUUUGAGAAGUUGAUGGAACAUUUCAGGAAUGAGGACAAUAACAUAGAUUUUAUGGUGGCCUCUAUGCAGUUUAUUAAUAUUGUAGUUCACUCAGUAGAAGACAUGAAUUUCAGAGUUCACCUCCAAUAUGAAUUUACCAAAUUAGGCCUGGACGAAUACUUGGAUAAGCUGAAGCACACGGAGAGUGACAAACUGCAGGUACAGAUUCAGGCUUACCUGGACAAUGUGUUUGAUGUGGGAGCUCUUCUGGAGGAUGCCGAAACCAAGAAUGCAGCCUUGGAGAGGGUGGAGGAACUGGAAGAAAACAUCUCUCAUUUGUCGGAAAAACUGCAGGACACAGAGAAUGAAGCCAUGUCCAAGAUUGUGGAACUGGAAAAACAGCUCAUGCAGAGGAACAAGGAGCUGGAUGUUGUUCGGGAAAUCUACAAAGAUGCAAAUACCCAGGUUCACACAUUAAGGAAAAUGGUCAAAGAGAAAGAAGAAGCCAUUCAAAGACAGUCUACCCUAGAAAAAAAGAUUCAUGAGCUGGAGAAACAAGGGACCAUUAAAAUUCAGAAGAAAGGGGAUGGGGACAUCGCCAUACUCCCUGUCGUGGCUUCUGGCUCAUUGCCCACAGGGUCCGAAGGGGCAGUGGGUAACUUCGUGGGACCAAUGCUGGGGGCCACCUCCUCGGGACCCCUGCCUCCUCCUCCCCCUCCACUACCUCUGUCGUCAGAUGCAUCUGAAGCAGUGCAAAAUGGUCCAGCAACACCACCUAUGCCACCCCCGCCUCCCCCUCCCCCACCUCCUCCGCCCCCGCCUCCCCCUCCUCCCCCUCCCCCUCUCCCGGGUCCCGCAGCUGAGACCCUGCCUGCUCCUCCCUUGCCACCCCCACCUCCUCCCUCUGCACCCCCGCUGCCCGGAACGUCUUCACCCACAGUGGUUUUCAACUCAGGAUUAGCAGCUGUGAAAAUUAAGAAGCCAAUCAAGACGAAAUUCAGAAUGCCAGUUUUUAACUGGGUUGCCCUGAAGCCAAACCAGAUCAAUGGCACAGUCUUCAACGAAAUUGAUGACGAACGAAUUCUGGAGGAUUUAAAUGUGGAUGAGUUUGAGGAAAUAUUUAAGACAAAAGCCCAAGGUCCUGCCAUUGAUCUUUCUUCAAGCAAACAGAAAAUAACACAGAAAGGAUCGAACAAAGUGACAUUACUAGAAGCAAACAGGGCUAAAAAUCUUGCCAUCACUUUAAGGAAAGCUGGAAAGACUGCUGAAGAGAUAUGUAAAGCUAUUCAUGUAUUUGACUUGAAGACCUUGCCUGUAGACUUUGUAGAAUGUUUGAUGAGGUUCUUGCCAACUGAGAAUGAGGUAAAAGUGCUUCGGCUCUAUGAGCGGGAACGGAAGCCCCUGGAAAACCUGUCGGAUGAAGACCGGUUCAUGAUGCAGUUCAGUAAAAUUGAGAGGCUCAUGCAGAAGAUGACCAUCAUGGCCUUCAUCGGGAACUUUGCUGAAAGCAUUCAAAUGCUGACUCCUCAACUGCACUCAAUUAUAGCAGCAUCUGUCUCUAUAAAGUCGUCCCAAAAACUCAAGAAAAUCCUGGAGAUCAUCUUGGCCCUUGGAAACUAUAUGAAUAGCAGUAAACGAGGAGCAGUUUACGGAUUUAAACUUCAGAGUUUAGAUCUGCUCCUAGAUACGAAGUCAACGGACCGAAAGCAAACGCUUUUGCACUAUAUAUCCAAUGUCGUAAAAGAAAAAUAUCAGCAAGUGUCCCUCUUUUAUAAUGAGCUUCAUUAUGUGGAGAAAGCUGCUGCAGUGUCCCUUGAGAAUGUUUUACUGGACGUCAAGGAGCUGCAGAGGGGCAUGGACUUGACCAAGAGGGAGUACACCAUGCAUGACCACAACACGCUGCUGAAGGAGUUCAUCUUCAACAACGAGGGAAAGCUGAAGAAGCUGCAGGAUGAUGCCAAGAUCGCCCAGGAUGCCUUUGAUGACGUGGUAAAGUACUUUGGAGAAAACCCCAAGACGACACCCCCAUCUGUCUUCUUCCCCGUCUUUGUCCGGUUUGUGAAAGCCUAUAAGCAAGCAGAAGAGGAAAAUGAGCUGAGGAAAAAGCAGGAACAAGCACUCAUGGAGAAACUCCUGGAGCAGGAAGCUCUGCUGGAGCAGCAGGACCCAAAGUCUCCUUCCCACAAAUCAAAGAGGCAGCAGCAAGAAUUAAUUGCCGAAUUAAGAAGGCGGCAAGUUAAAGAUAAUAGACAUGUAUACGAAGGAAAAGAUGGUGCCAUUGAAGAUAUUAUCACAGCUUUAAAGAAGAAUAAUAUCACUAAAUUUCCAAAUGUUCACUCGAGGGUAAGGAUUUCUUCUAGCACACCGGUGGUGGAGGAUACACAGAGCUGAUCUUAGAAACCAACCAUACAGACGAGCCGAUGCGGUGAGGAGAAGUGUUAGGCGGCGCUUUGAUGACCAGAACUUGCGUUCUGCUAAUGGUGCCGAAAUGAACAUGUGAACCAGAGACCUGCUUGUGUGAAUAGAGGGUGUACGUGAAUGAAGAUGUCCCUGUGAACUUUCUGUGCUACCAUUUAACUGCAGCCUUGAACAUAGAUACAAUAUUCUAAGGGCUCAGAUUUAGCAAACACAUAGAAUUUUUAAAUGAUGGGCUCUGCUUUCAACCUUUGUUAACAAGUGCCUAAAAGUGGAAGUACCUGCUCAGAUUAAUCAAAGCAAUAGGAUUUGAUUUGAUUAGUAUCUUUUUACACCAGUAUGUUAUUUUUUAACCAAAAUAUAAAUUUCAUAUUACAUUCAUUACCUGCCAUCGUGAUUCUCAUGAUGGCCCAUCCUGGUUUCUUGAUAAGUUGUAAAUAACAUGGAAUGCAUCUGCUGUGGGCUUCCUUUGCUGUCUUUUAAGAAGUUAAGUUUGUUUUAGCCAUACCUGUCAACUUUGUAUUUUUAAGGGCUUGCAGCAUGGAAGAAGGAAAAAGUCAUGUGAUACUCCUUUUGUUUAUACCCAAGCCCCAGCCAAGUACAAAUAGGACCUAAUUGCAGUGGUACAGAAGUCAGUCAACUUGUUUCACAUUCUGCUUCUGUGCUGGGGCAUGAUGCCUCAUGUGAUAUUCAUUGGUAUGAAUGAGACCAUACAAUGGCAUACAGAUGUUGUACAAGACUUAUUUGCAGUACUGUGUUCUUCAGCUAGAGGCAGCUUUUUAAAAAUACAAAUGUUUAUUAAUUACCACUAAAAUUAACAUCUCAGUAAUCAGUAUUAGGAUUUCUGAGGACCAUUAUGGGUCAAUCCUGAGAAUAGAAAUCAGUGCCUUGCUAGCCAGGGAGAAGAAGUUCACUAGCUCUAUGAACAAGCAUUCAAGAUUACUUCUAGCAGAGUAGUGUUAGUAACCUGGCUUUAUCACUCUGACAAUCGCAGGGUUCCCUCCUCCUCCUUUUUGUAGAUUGGAUUAGAUAUAUUUGGCCUCAUACAUCAGAGCUAAGAAAUUCUUGUACUUUCCAGACUACCUUGUGGGGAAUUGCAAUUAAAUUGCUGAAUUACAUUGGUAUUAAGCGUAAAUGAUAUGUAAUGGGACUAAAUGGCCAACAAAGCAACUGUUGUUGUUCCUUCAUCUCUGGCAGGGCACUUGAUCCAAAGUCAAAAACUGGACUGAAGCUAAUUUGUAAUUUUCAUCACACACAUUUUGCUUCUGGCUUACCUUAUUGGUACAUCAAUAUAUUAAUUGUAAAGUUUAUUGUAUAGUAUUUAACCACUGAAUUUCUUAUUUUAUGUUGUGCUCUUGUGAACUCCUUGGUGAAGGUCCCAUUUCCCUUGGAUAAUGUGUAGUUAUAUAUCUUUUUAAAUGUACAGAUAUUUUGCUAUAAAAUCGGUGCAGUUUUUUAUGGUUUUUACACUUCUCUUUAAUUCCCACCUAAGCCUCUGGGUAAUAUUGUAAAUAUUGUUUUAAAAUGCAUCAGCCUAUGCUAUACAAUCUGAAUGUUAUUUUAACUUAUAGGUUUUUUUUUUUAAAUAUAUAUAUUUAACUUCAAGGACAGUUUAGGGAUCAGUUACCACAUUUCACUUUAGCAUAUCUAUUUACAAAAAGAUUACUUUAAACUGCCACCUGCUAGCACAUUUUCAUAAUGUGUACUUUAAAAAAGAACAUGCCAAGAUUGUGUCUGACUCAUUCAACAUUUCAUUUUGAUGAAGAGGGAUUUGACCAUGAGAUUUAACACAAAUAGUUGGUCCUUUACCACAACGCAGCUGUUUUCCAAAGCUCAAUACUGAUGAACAUAGGUUAAAAUGGGCUAUUUAUUAAUAUACAAAUAGACAAUAAUAUUGGCAUGUCCUUUUGUUUGUCUCUUAAUGGGCCUGCUUCUUAGCAAUAUUAGAAAUGUUUUAUAAAAGCAGUUCAUGUUACUUUUCUGGUCUUUUCAUGGCAUAUGAGCAAAUAAACUAUUUACACUACUA